AUGAACUUAUCAACGGCUUCGAAUCGUGAUAUGUCUCGAGCAGACUCACAAUCUCCACCCACAACCACCAGGAGCAAAAGUGGUAUCCAGUCAUUUGAACAACUCAACGACACGACCUUAGGCAGCAGUGGUAUAUAUGAUAGCGCCUUGGAAAAUCUCACCGCUUAUGCAUCAUUUGACGAAAGUGCCAAUAACAAUUCACACCUUAACGUUUCCACCGAUUCAACAUUAAACGGCAGCGACUCACAUCGAAGUAAUACAACCACCGGUUCAUGCAGCUCAUCCGCGACACGUGAUUUGAAUACGAACAUCAGUGCCAGUAUGCUGCUUUUACAGUCCGAAAGCACCGAGACUAAUACUUCACAAGAGGAAGUCGAUCCGAAAUCCCAACUAGCAAAUAAGACAAUAUUCAAGACGGAUAAUCCCAAUUUGUCAAUUAUAGAAAUUAGUGAUAAUUCAAUCAAAGAGCAGGAUCUGGAAAACUCUAUAGUGCUAAUAGAAUCUUCAUCGGAUGAUGAAAGUACUCAACAACCAAAAGCAACCAAAGCUGUUGGUGCAGGCGUCGCCAAACAAAAGAUGUCACCGUCAAAAGUUGGAGAUGCUGCUUCUACAGCAGCAGCAGAGAAGCGUCGAAAAAAAGCUGAAUCUUUGAUACACUCUAGUAAACAAAAACUGAACGUGGCAAUAGCCGAAGCAGUCGCAGCGGAAUCUAAAGCAGCACCUGAUAGCACACGUGAACCGAAUAGAAAUGUUGAGUGGGAAGCACAAGGUGAUCAACCAGGUACUAAGCGCGAGAUACAAAUAUACGAUACAAUAGAUGAGUUUGAAAAACACUUGCCGUCAACGGUAACUGUUCUGGACACGCCAUUCGGCAGUAGAGUGUAUUUGGUGGGCACAGCUCACUUCAGUGAGGAGUCACAAGAUGAUGUCUCUUAUGUUAUACGCAAUGUCCGUCCAGAUGUAGUGAUGGUUGAACUGUGUCCAUCACGCGUUCAUAUAUUGAAACUCGAUGAAAAGACUCUGCUGGAAGAGGCGAAAAAUUUCAACAUUGCCAAGAUUCGCAGCAUAAUACAGACCCAUGGCUACAUCAACGGUAUCUUCUUCAUACUGCUACUGCAGAUGAGCGCCCAAAUAGCGAAAGACUUGGGUAUGGCGCCGGGUGGAGAGUUUCGUCGUGCGUUUGAAGAAAUUCACAAACUACCCGGCUGCAUGCUGCAUCUUGGAGAUCGACCUAUACGAAUCACGCUGCAUCGGGCGUUGCGCGCACUAUCAUUGUGGCAGACUAUAAAGCUGGUAUGGCGUCUCACUUCCACCGACACCAUAAGCAUUGAAGAAGUGGAAGAAUGCAAACAGCGUGACUUGCUUGAAAAACUUAUGCAAGAAAUGGCUGGCGAAUUUCCUGCUUUUUCCGAUGUUUUCGUUAAGGAGCGAGACCUAUUUCUUUGCCAUUCAUUACAACUUGCUGCAUUACCGCAAGCGCCAAUCGAUGGUUCCGGUAUGCCGCGACCAGUACGCGUUGUUGGCGUCGUAGGUAUUGGCCAUGCAAAUGGCAUUGCUGAAAUGUGGGGUCGUGUGGACCCGCAGAAAAUACCAGCCAUCAUGGAAAUUCCACCGGCCAGCAUAAGUACGCGCAUUUGCAAGUUCACUAUAAAAUAUGGUAUCAUUAGUUUGACUCUAUAUGGAGCGUUUAAGUUAUUACGGCCACGUCUGACGCGUUUCUUUUGAUUGCUGUCAAUUUAUUUGAUGAGUGCAUAAUAUAUGUAUACUAAGAGAGAUGAAUACUAUUAAAUGGGAAUCUUAAUCGAUUUACUAACUAUGGUUAUAUACGUACAUACAUAUUUAGGUAUUGCAGAUGUUUCAAAUUAAAUUUAAAAGUUAAUCCUUAUAUUUUCCCAUGCAUGUUUGUGAGUGUGAGUGUCUAAAUUUAAAAACAAAAUUAGCGAAAUAAGAUUACAUUAGAAAUACAUACGUAUGUAUGAUUUUAUGUGCGGUUUAUUGAAUUUAUGCGCAUAAAGUAAACAUACAUAGGUACAUAUCGAAACCUCCAAACCAUAGCUUGGUAAGUAACCUUAGACUUAGUCAGACUUGCAUAGUAUGGUUUGAAGGAGUCCAUAUGUAAGUAUAUAUUUAGAUUUGUUUUAAUUCAGUCUAAUAAUAACUACUGAUUCAUGCGCUAAAACAGCAUUCGCAUAUCUAAAAUUUUAAUAAUAAUAUCAAUGAACCAAUCGAACUGUAACCGCAAUUUUGAUUUAAACGCAUGGUAAAUUUUUGUAUCAUUAUUUAAACCCAAAUACAUUUUUAAGAUUUUCGAAUGGCACAGUCCGACAAAAUUUAGUGCCUAGUUAAAAAUUAACCUAAGCGCAUUAGAAACAUUUUCUUUCGUUGAUUCCGAUAUUGAAAUUUAAAAUUUCAUCGAAACUGAUCCCAAAAUCACAAAAUUGGUAAUUUUAAACUUUGGUUUUUUUUUUAACAAAUUCAGAAUUAACAAGUGGAACUAUUUUAAUAUGGUUAAUUGCGCUUUAAGCAUGGCGGUGUAAAUUUUUUGUAUUCAAUUAAAAACUUUCCGCUUUAAAGCUUUCAUAUCUUUAAAAUACAGAACACUAUUUACUAAAGUAUCUUGGUGAAAUUUUGCGUUCAAGGAGAGUAAAAGUCCUUACGAUAAACCGUUGCGGCUGUGAUAUUUUUUAAAGAUAAAAUAUCGAUCUCUGCAGGUAAAAUAAUAUCAUAUUUUUGUUGGUUAGAUCAAAAUUGCAAUUAUGGCUCGACAUAAUGAAUUUAAAUUUUAGAUUUAUGUAUAUACAUAAGUGGAAGUUUAAAUUUAAACUUAUUUACUAUCUAUAUGUAUACAUACCUAGCUAUUCUUUUCGUUGUGUCUGUGCAAAUAGUUUCAUCUACUCUGUACUACAUAUCUACACAAAACAAUCCAUAUCCCGAAAUAAUUUUAUUUUCAUAUUUUAAAUAUAUGUAAUCUGUAUGUACCUUGAAGCCAAGUAGAAAAAAUCUGAAACCUUGCCACUAUCGUAUCUGCGCUUAAAAGGCCUAUCGAUAACAGCAUCCAACUGUGUGAUCUACAGCUUUCAGUGCUCGUCAUUCCAACAUUCCCACCAGUAUGAGAAAAACAUACCGUUGUAGUAGUUUUAAUGCGCAAUGAAUAUGAAAGAAGUAAAUAUAUAACCACUUAAACAAAUGAAUGAAAACAUAUGUACAUAUGUACUUGUUAACUAAAAAGAAAAAGAAUGGAAAACAUUUAAUAUUUUGUGUAGUUUCUAAGUGAAAUGUACACAUCGAUGUAGCCUAUGUAUCCAUUGUAAAAAUGUCUAAAUACAAAAUUGUCUAGUA